GUUGUCAGUAACUUGGAGGCCGCGGGGUCGCGUCGGAGCUUCUGCGGCUGCGGUGGCCGGGAGUACCCCGCUGCCCCGCUCCCCACUCCCUUUGCCCUUGGUCUGGGAAUCACAAGCUAGAAGUUUCUCGCCCCCCAGCUGGUAUUCAGUUGCUUCAAAAGCCUAGUUCUCCCAGCACACCGGCCACAGGACACUGAACCAGAAAUCCGAUUUUCUUCAUGUAGAAGGAGGUGCUGUUCACUCAUUCAUCAUUCACAUGGCUGAAAGAUCAGCUGCCUUUCUGAAUCAGAAGAUAACUUUGUCAUUUUUUUCCAACUGAAAACCAUGAUUCAUCAACUGGUACUGUAGUAGCUGGAUGGCUUAAACUCCAGGCUGUUGUUCUGAACAGCCAGGUACAGGAUUGGACUCAGGCCAUAGCGUGGAGGCUGUUGGGAAUGGCUGAGAAGUCACUAAGGAAAGGAGGUUGCUGUUUACUGAUGGGUGGAGUGUUUCGAAAGCGGUGAAGCCGGAUCAUCCAUUUCUUCUUUUAAUCCCACGUCUCCUUGAAGCCACACCUCUCUUUGGUUUGGUUCUUGGUGUCAGUGAGGAGUUUUCCGAGGACAGGGUGUGAAACCGGCCCCAGAGGAUGGUAGACUGAGGCCUGGGCCACUGGGAGAAGGAUGCGGCUCGCUCAGCAGUCAGGAGACCCAGAGCCCUGAUCGGAUUCCGCCAGUGAGCGCUUAGCCAUAGGCUGUCUAUUCCUGCCUCUGAGCUGGCUUCCUGCCUCUGUGAGCCAUGGAACGCACACCAUAGGUGUCAUGUGGUUCUUGGGAGCUGCUGCCUGAGUGGAAAUGCUGUCAGCGGUGGAGAAUGGACUGGACGCCCGGGCUGCCAUCCCGGUCAUCAAGAAGAAGCUAGUGGGAUCCAUGAAGGCAUUGCAGAAGCAGUACGCGUCCUCAGACACCGUGGUCACUAGCGAAGAUGGAGAUGCCAACACCAUGUGCAGCGCCCUGGAGGCCGCGUUUAUCCACGGCCUGCAUGCCAAGCACAUCCGAGCCGAGGCCGGGGGGAAGAGGAAGAAGAGCGCCUACCAGAAGCCUCUGCCUCAACCUGUCUUCUGGCCCCUCCUGAAGGCCGUCACCCACAAGCACACCAUCUCGGAGCUGGAGCACCUGGUCUUCGUCAGCACGGAUGUGGGCCGCUGCCGCGCCUGGCUGCGGCUGGCCCUCAAUGAUGGCCUGCUGGAGUGCUACCUGAAGCUGCUGCUCCAGGAGCAGGCCCGCCUGUGCGAGUACUACCAGCCCAGCGCCCUACUGCGGGACACCGAGGAGAGCGAGUUCCUCCUCAGCUUCCUGCAGGGACUCACGUCCUUGUCCUUCGAACUCUCCUACAAGUCCUCUAUCUUAAACGAGUGGACGCUCACCCCACUGGCCCUCUCUGGGCUUUGCCCGCUCUCUGAGCUCGACCCUGUCACCAUCUCCAGUACAGAACUACAGCGAAAGGAGUCCCUGGAUUCCAUUUCCCAUUCCUCGGGCUCAGAGGACAUUGAAGUCCAGCACUCGGGCCAUAAGAUCCAACGGAACAGGCAACUCACCGCCUCCUCACUCAGCCUGGACACAGCCAGUUCAUCCCAGCUGUCCUGCAGCCUAAACUCCGAUAGCCUCCUACUCCCAGAUAAUGGCUCCAAGAGUCCAGAUCACUCAGAGGAGCCCAUGUCAUAUGACUCAGACCUGGGGACAGCAAAUGCUGAUGAUUCAGACCCGUCUCUGCAGGAGGUGCUGUCGGAGUUCAGCAAAGCCCAGGUAAACUCUGUGCCAACCAACGGACUGAGCAGAGAAACGGAGGUUCCCACACUGCAGGCCCCACGCUCCCUCCACGGCCUCUGCCUCGACACCAGCACACACCUGCACUUUGAUGUGCCUGCAGAGCCCCUCCCUGCCCAAGCAGCCUCUGGGACUGGAGAUGGGGGCCACAAACAGGAACCACUUUCCCAGGCACCUGGCAUCCUGGGCUUGCCGCGUCUGGGCACUGUCCAAGCCAUCACUGUGGGGAGCACUUCAGACCAGCAGCCUUCUAGUCCUGGGAGAACAGUCGGCCAAGGGAGUGGCCAGCAGAAGCCUUCAAUGGAUGACAGAGUUGGACUGAGCCUCGUGGUUUCCUCACCCACCAGUCCGAAAAGCAAAAGCUGGAUCUCGGAAGAUGACUUCUACCGGCCUCCCCAGGAUCCACCCCCAGAGAGUCCUUCAGAUCACUCCAUAGCGCCUCCCAGAGGGUCUCCAGAGCCCAGGCCUGGUCCCCUCAGGCAUUUUUCUCAAGGACCUAGAAAGAGCUCCUCCAUGGGGGCCUUAGACAAAGCUUGUGUGCCUUCUCCAGGAAGCAGGAAAAGCCAGGCGGUGGCGGCGCAGGAGCAUAAGAACUUCAGGGUGGUGCACCGCCGGCAGAUAGGACUGUCCAACCCGUUCCGGGGUCUCAUGAAGCUGGGCACCGUGGAGCGGCGGGGGGCGAUGGGCCUCUGGAAGGAGCUCUUCUGCGAACUCUCCCCGCUGGAGUUCCGCCUCUACCUGAGCGGCGAGGAGCGCACCUGUGUGGAGAACUGCUCGCUGCUGCGCUGCGAGUCCAUAGGGCCGGCCCACAGCGACGGCCGCUUCGAGCUGGUCUUCUCGGGCAAGAAGCUGACCCUGCGCGCCUCCUCCCAGGACGAGGCUGAGGACUGGCUGGACCGGGUGCGGGAGGCCCUGCAGAAGUGCCGGCCGCAGCAGGAGGAAGAGUGGGUGAACAUCCAGUACCCAGAGCAGCCCGAGGACCUCCCCGAAGGUCCCCAGGGAGACCUCCCCUCCCACUCGGACCUGCUCAUGGAGCCCGAAUCCCUCCAGGGUGCGCAGUUAGAUUGGUCCUCUGCCCAAGUUCCUGAGCCAGACGCUAUUAAAGAAUCCCUCUUGUACCAGUAUGUGGACAGGACCUGGACGCCCUAUAUUUUUUCCCUGUCCUUGGAGUCCCUGAAAUGCUUCCGUCUCAGAAACAAUGAGAAGAUGUUAAGUGACAGCCAUGGAGUUGAGACCAUCCGAGAUAUCCUGCCAGACACGAGCCUUGGCGGCCCGUCCUUCUUCAAAAUUAUCACGGCUAAGGCCAUCCUGAAGCUGCAGGCCGGCAAUGCCGAGGAGGCCGCCUUGUGGAGGGAUCUGGUGCGCAAGGUCCUGACGUCCUACUUGGAAACGGCCGAGGAGGCAGUGACACUGGGCGGGAGUCUGGAUGAAAACUGUCAGGAGGUGCUGAAGUUUGCCACGGGGGAGAACGGCUUCCUGCUGCAGUACCUGGUGGCCAUCCCCACCGAGAAGGGCCUCGACUCCCAGGGCUGCUUCUGUGCAGGCUGCUCCCGGCAGAUCGGCUUCUCAUUUGUACGACCCAAGCUCUGUGCCUUCUCUGGCCUCUAUUACUGUGACAUCUGCCACCAAGACGAUGCCUCAGUGAUUCCGGCCAGGAUCAUCCACAACUGGGACCUCACCAAGCGCCCGGUGUGCCGGCAAGCGCUGAAGUUCCUGACGAAGAUCCGGGCCCAUCCCCUCAUCAACCUGCAGCUGGUGAACCCAUCGCUGUACGAACACGAGGAGCAGAUGCAUCUCAUCGGGAGGAGCCGGGAGCAGCUUAAGCUUCUAGGGGAUUACCUGGGCCUGUGCCGAAGUGGGGCCCUGAAGGAACUAAGCAAAAGGCUCAACCACAGGAAUUAUCUCUUGGAGUCUCCCCAUAAGUACAGUGUCGCUGACCUCCAGCAGAUCUCGGAGGGCGUGUACGAAGGAUUCCUCAAGGCCUUGAUCGAAUUUGCCUCCCAGCAUGUCUACCACUGUGACCUGUGUACCCAGCGCGGUUUCAUCUGCCAGAUCUGCCACCACCAUGACAUCAUUUUCCCCUUUGAGUUUGACACCACCGUCAGGUGUGGCCAGUGCAAGACCGUCUUCCACCAAGGCUGCCAGUCCGUGGUGAAGGGCUGCCCCCGCUGUGCCCGCCGGCGCAAGUACCAAGAACAGAACACUCUCACCUAACCCAGUCUCCUGUCCCCACCUCAGAGGCCAUCAGCCCAGGCUACUCUCUCAAGGUGUCACAGCUGUCUCCCUUGUCAGGAAGACUCAGAUGUGACCAGAGCAUGAGCCUACCAGAGGGAGCCUUUGAUGAUGCCCUGCACUGGCUCCAAGAGGUGGGGACACCAGCAGCUGCCCCCUGUCUGAGGUGCUGGUGGGGGCCGGGCUUUGCACUAAUCAGGCUUCAGCUCACCUCACUGACAGGGCACCUCUGUCAGGGCUGUUCACACACUGUGGAAAUAAGACUUGGGGCACAUUUUCAAAUCCACAUUCCUGAUUAAAAGGUCUAGUUUUUUAAGGUGGAUUUUUUCCCCUUCAUAUUUCAACAGAAAAUAUUUUUUUAUUCUUAACCCUACACAAGUCACCCAGGAAAUCUAGGCAUUCUCACCAUGAGCAAAUGUGCAGGUACUGCCCAGUCCUGGUCUGCAGACAGGUGGGCGACUGGGCAGGCAGAGACCCUCAGCUGCCUUUCCUUCACCUCCCCAGAUGCUUGCUGCCAACAGCUCAAGUGCAACGUGCCAAACCGCCCAUGGGGCAAGGCGGGGUCAGUCCUGCCUUCUCCCUUUCUACUCCCUGCCCCUCUCCUUCCCACCUGAAAAGCCCAUCAUCUUUCUCUGUGUCAGAGCCCCCGGCUCUUCUGUAGCCUGGCUUUCGGUCCCUGCAGGAGAAGGGGAAUGACCCAGAACCAGCACUGUCAGCACUUUGCAUCUUCCUUGGUCCAGGGAAGAGUCAUCAUUUUGCCCACCCCUCAGCCCCAUGCCCUCCUCACUCCUACCCUGCACAGAGCAGGGGGCUGCCCUAGACACACUCUAGGGCCCUGCCUGCCUGACCCCUGCUGGGACAGAGGUAAGCUGGAUCCAUAAAGAGGGCAGUGAGCCCAGGCUGGGGGCCGGCCUCGGCACACACUGUGGAACAACGGCCCCAUCCUUCCACGAGGAGUGCCAGCCCUGCCGCUGAGAUGUGCAGGGACCUGCGGGAGAAGGUCCGUAGAAGGGUGCUUCACCUCAGUUUACAAAGCCAUGAAUUCAUACAGCUUUGCUGGACUGGCCCAGGAGGGGCGCUGCUAGAGACGAAAAUGUCAUUGGAGCACCAUUGCCAUUUGAAGGGGUGUUGGAGUGGAGUGGGAGCCUGGAAUUGAUUUCAAAUGAUAUUUAGACCCUUGGGGCUUGGGGGAAUCUGGGUGUAUAUUCUCUGCUGCCUUCCCCCACCUCUCCUGAACCCAGCAGGUCUCCCUCAGCCCUGGGGUGCCCUAGUCAUCUGUGCACUCAGUUUGAGAUUGGGGUCCUCAGGCGAAGAUGAACCUACUCCCACCUCUCUCAGGUGAUUCGUCUGCUGAGUUACCUGCCUAGCCCUGUGGAGCUGGAUAAACUGUGCAAUAGGACAGAGGACGUGCUGGGCAGGUUGGGGAGGGGGCCGCCACAGCCUCUCUGUCCCCUCUCGAAAGAUGGCCCACACCUGUGCCCAGCACACCAAAGCCUCCAGAACCGGAGAGUUGAUCCUUAUCAUCCCACCCCUCACAGCUGCAUUAAUGCUUCACUGCAAGCACCCCCUCAUCAGAGCUCAGAGUGCCCCAGAUCCAUGAGUGGGCAGGAGCCCAGCCUGGGGGGAGCAGUGCCGUCUGAGCCUGGCCCUGUUUCCUCCAGCCUGUGAGUAUAUUCUGUAUUCCAGAAGGGGCCCUAGGAGGCAGCAGGAGUGAGGCCCUAGAGGUGCUCCCUUCAGUCCACCCCAUCGCUGCCCUCCCAGAGAUGAGUAGCAUUAAAGCUCACCCUCUCCCCGUUACCAAAAGCUGCUGAUGCUUUCAGAUGAGCUUUUACUCCUCACCUCCAAUGGAAGGCUGGUGUGAACCUCAGUAGUGGCCACACUUUUUUAAAGUGUCAUUUUAUGCAAUAAACUUUGCAUUGUGGGGUCCUGGCCCUGAGAAGUGCUUUGCAGUGUACUGAAUGAAUUGCUGCUGUGUGAUAUUUGAAUGAUUUUGCAGUAAAGACCUGAUAUUUCUAA